AGCUGUUUUGUGAUGACUACUGUAUCUCUAUGUAUAAACCUUGAUCCACUCCAGGCUGGAUUAGUGAAUAAAACAUUGUCAAUAAAUAAAGAGGUCACAGCGGGUCAGAAAUUUGCCCGGUCAGACUUCUAAAUUGCAGUGAUGAUUCACGGCUUUUCGCUCUGUUGUUGGAUCAAGAAUCUUGGCAGCAAACGCCGGUCUUUUAAAUCCCCGCUCAUUGAACCAACAGCUAAUGUUGGCCCGGAGGGACCUUUGACAGAGGUUUAUAAAGCUGGCGUCCUGCUGUUCUGCUCUGUGAGACCACCAGCUUCACUAGGUGACCGGGUCCAGAACUCUGUUCAGGAUGAGCAGUAAGAUCAUCUUCUACGAGGAAAGAGACUUCCAGGGCCGCGCUUUCGAGCGCGACAGCGACUGCCCCGACACUCAGCCUCACUUCAGCCGCUGCAACUCCAUCAAGGUGGAGAGUGGCUGCUGGGUUCUGUACGAGAAGCCCAACUUCACUGGUCACCAGUACGUCCUGACCCGGGGAGAGUACCCCAACUACCAGCACUGGAUGGGCUUCAGUGACACCAUUGGCUCCUGUAAAACCUUCUCCUAUACCACUGGGGGGCCCCACCGCAUUCGCAUCUACGACCGACCCAACCUCCAGGGUCACAUGAUGGAGUUCAGUGAAGACUGCGAGUCGGUGCAGGAUCACUUCCGCUGCCGCGACAUCUACUCCUGCAACGUGGUGGAAGGAUUCUGGACCAUGUAUGACCAGCCCGGAUACCGAGGCCAGCAGUUCUUCAUGAGGCCCGGAGAGUACCGGAAGUUCAGCGACUGGGGGUCCAACAGCGCCAUCAAUGGAUCAUUCCGCAGAGUCACAGAGUUUUAAUUGUUUUUUUUUCCAUCAUCGUGAAAAAGUUCAAAAGAGUGGAGAAUUUCUGAAGAAAAAAAAAACCACGAUGAUAUUAUUUAAAAAGGGCUAAUAAAUAGAUUCAUUAUUGAUUCUGUUCUCUGAGCCUUUGUGGGAUUAUUGUAAAAUUGACACCAGCGAUUUAUGAUUUUGAAAUUGAAAGGACCAGGACCUGGACUGUGUCACAACUUCGCGAGUCCUGAAGCCUGGAUGACGGUUUAGGCCCCUGUAGUUUUUUGUGUCACGUCUCCUUCUUUCUUAAUACUUUUGAGAAUUUCAAAAACUUCCACAGUUUCUUGAAACUUGCGAGUUACAAUCAUCUGGUUCUCCUCUUCGUGAUGGUCCAAACACUUUAAAUAGAAGACAGAUCUGGACUGCAGCAAGAGUAAACAAACACAAACCCUCAUUUCUUAUGCAAAUUAUUCACAUUUAGCAGCAGUUUCCAUCCUUGGCCACAUACAAAUACAGAGACUCUGAAAGAUCUAGACCUGAGGUCCCUAAUCUGUUUUGUACCAGUCGCCCGUAUCAGCCGUUAAUGCGGACCAGUAACACUGCACCAUCAU